UUCCCUUCUUUCUUUCCUAAAUCCCUUGCUACCACCAUACAUAAUUUCACACCCCCUCUAAAAGCAAUAUCUUGCAUUCAAAAUCAUAAAGGCUAAUCAUUCCCUCCCACACACCAAAUACAUACAUAUAUAUAUUUCUAAAAGUGUGUCGUCUUCUCCAAGUGUGUGUGUGGAAGCUCGCAGCCUUGUUUGGAAUUGAACCACGUGACUUAAUGUCAUCAUCGAAAUCGGUGUUUCCAUUUCCACGCCCUCAAAAUAUGCAAGAUUCUCUCUUGAAACCUUCACAGAGUAACAAAAAUGGCGAGGAGGCCUAUGCUAAUUACCCCUUUUCCAAAUCGUUUCUCAGCUCAAAAAGCUUAGAGAUGUGCACCGAGAGCUUAGGCAGCGAGACCGGCAGCGGCAUUGAUCACUUCACCGUCGACACUUGCAGAGGAAUUUCGCAGGCGAGAAAGCAACAGAAACCAAUGAAGACGGCGAAGCUGAGGAGCUUUCCGCCGCCGCUGAGCUCCAUCAGCGCGCAGGUCCACACCCACCGCGAAGGCGGCCGCCUCGUGAUUAAGGCCUUCCCCUUGUCGUCGAGCGGCAGCUCCUUCCAGGCGGAGCGCGGGAACGGGAGGCUGAAGCUGUCCUUGUUGAAACACGACGAGGAAGAAGAUGGCCGUUUUCUGGUGAAAGAAGAAGGUGGGAAAGUUUGGUCGAAUUCGAGCAGUCGAUGCAAUGGUGAUAGGAUCGGCGACAUGAAUAAGAGAUCGCAGCAGUUCUGUGUCGUUGGAGUUUGAUUAGAACCGAGUUUCCAUUCUAUCUGUAUUGGUAGUUAUUAUGGUUAGGAGGAGACAUGCGCUUGCUAGCUGGUCGUUAUUCUAGUUUUUUAAUUACAUGUGCUGCUAAUUUUAAUUAAUUAAUUAAUCUAAAUUUGUUUUAAUAUAUGGAGAUUGAAUUAUGAUUUUUGAGAGUAA